GCCUCACACCUGCCAAGCAUCACACCUGCCAAGCAUCACACCUGCGAUGCCUGCACGAGCUGGGUGCGGUCCGCGCAGCUGCAGUAAGGGGAUGACCCGGCGUCUGUUAGUCGGCGGUUCAUCUCCUUCGUGCCUCGACGAGCUUUAACGCCACUUUCCUCCAUUCUCUUUCUUCACCUCUUGAGUUUCCAAGAUGGCAACUGUCAAGAGUGAACUUACUAAGAAUUUCGCGGAAGAGGAGGCCAUUCAUCACAAUAAGAUCUCCAUUGUAGGAACUGGAUCGGUUGGUGUGGCUUGUGCUAUCAGCAUCUUAUUAAAAGGUUUGAGUGAUGAACUUGUCCUUGUGGAUGUUGAUGAAGGCAAACUGAAGGGUGAAACAAUGGAUCUUCAACAUGGCAGCCCUUUUAUGAAAAUGCCAAAUAUUGUCUCCAGCAAAGAUUACCUGGUCACUGCAAACUCCAAUCUAGUGAUUAUCACAGCAGGUGCACGCCAGAAAAAAGGAGAAACACGCCUCGAUUUAGUCCAGCGAAAUGUGUCCAUCUUUAAACUAAUGAUUCCCAAUAUUACCCAAUACAGUCCUCACUGCAAACUGCUUAUUGUUACUAAUCCAGUGGAUAUCUUAACUUAUGUAGCCUGGAAGUUGAGUGCAUUUCCCAAAAACCGUGUUAUUGGAAGUGGUUGUAAUCUGGACUCUGCUCGUUUUCGUUACUUUAUUGGGCAAAGGCUUGGCAUCCACUCUGAAAGCUGUCAUGGGCUGAUCCUUGGAGAGCAUGGCGACUCAAGUGUUCCUGUGUGGAGUGGUGUGAACAUUGCUGGUGUCCCUCUGAAGGAUCUGAACCCAGAUAUAGGAACUGAUAAAGAUCCUGAGCAAUGGGAAAAUGUCCACAAAAAAGUGAUUUCCAGUGGCUAUGAGAUGGUCAAAAUGAAAGGUUAUACUUCUUGGGGCAUUAGCCUAUCUGUAGCUGAUUUAACAGAAAGUAUUUUGAAGAAUCUUAGAAGAGUGCAUCCAGUUUCUACCCUAAGUAAGGGCCUCUAUGGAAUAAAUGAAGAAAUAUUCCUUAGUGUCCCAUGUAUCCUGGGAGAGAAUGGUAUCACAGACCUCAUAAAAGUAAAACUGACUCUUGAAGAGGAGGCCUGCUUGCAAAAGAGUGCAGAAACACUCUGGGAAAUUCAGAAGGAGCUCAAGCUUUAAAGUUGCUUAAAGCUACCAUUCUGUAGAUUGAAGAUGAAAGAGUAGUUAUAGAAUUGUAUAUGUCAAACUUUUGAAUAAAUUUGAAUUUCUAAAAGUUGGAAAAAAUAGAGUAAAGAGUGACCUAUUUAGUGUAGCCUUCCAGCUCUUUUUGUUUUUUGGGGGGAGGCGGGGGGAGGGUCUCAUUCUGUCACUCAGGCUGGAGUGCAGUGGCAUGAUCAUGGCUCAUUGCAACCUUGACCUCCCGAGCUCAGGUGAGCCUCCCACUUCAGCCUCCAGAGUAGGUGGGACCACAUGCGUGUGCCUCCAUGCCUGCCUAAUUUUUGUAUUUUUUUGUAGAGAUGGGGUUUUGCUAUGUCAUCCAAGCUGGUUUUGAACUCCCAAAGUGCUGAGAUUACAGGGGUGAGCCACUGUGCCUGGCCUUAGCUUUGAUUUAGUAUCCAGAUGAUAGAUGACACUUUUUUUU